UCGCACUACGACCUUGCCGUGCGAUAAUUUGAAGUGCAAAUGCAUUAACCAUUUUUGGUUGCUACUUUCAGGCUACUCUGUUCUUUGUCAGUAAGCUCACUCACUCACUCCUCAAUUCUACGCUGGUCGCCAUGGCCAACUCUCACCACUCUCUCUCCCUCCUCCUCCUCUUCCUCCUCUUCCUCUCAACUCCAACCCACCAACACCAAUCAGUAGCAGCAGAACAACAACAACAACAACAAGAUGAAGAAGAGUCGGACAAUCCCAUCACACGCUUCCGAAACUACCUCCGAAUAAACACCGCCCACCCCAACCCCGACUACUCCUCCGCCGUCUCCUACCUCCUCUCUGAGGCCAACCUCCUCGGCCUCCACUCCCAAAUCCUCCACUUCACCCCUUCCAAAUCCAAGCCUCUCCUUCUCCUCUCCUGGCCCGGCUCCGACCCCUCCCUCCCCUCCAUCCUUCUCAACUCCCACCUCGACUCCGUUCCUGCCGAGCCCUCCAAGUGGGCCCACCCCCCUUUCUCCGCCGCCAAAUCCCCCGACGGCCGCAUCUUCGCCCGCGGCGCCCAGGACGACAAGUGCAUCGGAAUUCAAUACCUCGAGGCAAUCCGAAACCUCAAAUCAAAAAACUUCUGGCCCAUCAGGACCGUCCACUUGUCCUACGUCCCCGACGAGGAGAUCGGCGGCUUUGACGGCGCCGCCAAGUUCACCGCCUCUGAGGAGUUCAGGACGCUGAACGUCGGGUUCUUGUUGGACGAAGGGCAGGCCAAUCCUGGCGAAGAGUUUAGAGUCUUUUAUGCAGAUAGGUGUCCGUGGAAUUUGGUAAUUAGGGCUCAGGGGAUGCCUGGGCAUGGUUCGAGGAUGUACGAUAAUAGUGCCAUGGAGAAUCUGAUGAAGAGCGUUGAGAUGAUUACAAGGUUCAGGGACAGCCAGUUCGACAUCGUUAAGGCCGGUAAAGCCGCGAAUUCGGAGGUUGUUUCCGUUAAUCCCGUGUAUUUGAAGGCCGGGAUUCCUUCUCCCACUGGGUUUGUGAUGAAUAUGCAACCUUCGGAGGCGGAAGCAGGGUUUGAUGUCAGAUUGCCGCCAACGGCAGACCCUGAUAUUCUAAGGAAAAAAAUUUCUGAGGAAUGGGCACCAGCAGUUAGGAACAUGACCUACGAGGUAAUUGAGAAAGGUCCCAGUAGAGACUACCUCGGUCGCCCAUUAAUGACACUAACAAAUGAUUCCAAUCCCUGGUGGCCCGUUUUCAACAAAGCUAUUGCAGCAGUCGGAGGGAAACUUGCAAAGCCUGAAAUCUUGCCUUCAACCACUGACGCACGAUAUAUUAGACAGUUGGGAAUUCCUGCCCUUGGAUUCUCCCCAAUGACGAAUACUCCAAUCUUACUACACGAUCAUAACGAGUUCUUGAAAGAUACGGUCUAUCUGAGGGGCAUAGAGGUAUACGAAUCCGUAAUCAGCACUUUGAGUUCGUACCAGGAAACAUCAAAUUGAGUACUGCUCUUGUAAUAGUGAGGAGCCGACGACAAUACUCAUCAGCAUGGGUAAAAAUGAGGAGUUCUUGUUUUGUUGCUGGAAUAUUGACGUACCUUAUCCGAUCAAUAUUCAUUCGGCAAUAAACACAGGUGCCUUGCAGCAUUAUUCACAUUGAUGAAGCAGGUUUUUUUAUGCUCCUCUGAAACGCAUUCUGUUAUAGAAGCACCAGUGAUUUUUCACAUAAUCCAGUGUACUACUUCUAUGUUCAAGUGAAAAAGGAACUCGUGCGAAUAACCUUACCACAAUGAUGUUAUGUGAUGUGGUAUGACAAACUAGCCUUGGAAAUGAAUACAUAGUUGUGCAAAUAAAUAUACCCUUUGUAAAUGGCUACAUUGUGCUAGGAUUUUCUAACUUGU